AUGAAGUUGUUCACGCAUUUCCUUGGGACAACCGCCAUCAUGGCGGUAGUCGUCUUCCUGUUUCCACUCUUGACGAGUAGCACACGACCAAUGGAAAGUUUGGGUAGAGGAGUAGUGGCAGUCCGAUCGAGUAAUACUGAAGUCUUGGUAUCCUGGCGCUUGCUGGGCCUUGAUCCUGACGAUAUUGCCUUUAACAUCUAUCGCUCUACAGACGGCACCGCUGCUACCAAGCUGAACACUGAAGUUCUCGCUGCCGGUACUAAUUACGUUGAUUCUUCUGCCGAUCUCGCCAAGGCCAAUCGAUAUUUUGUACGACCCGUCUUUGAUGGUACGGAGCAUGCAGCUAGUGGUUCCUUCACUUUGACGGCAGACCACGCUGAAGAACCUGUUGUGCGAAUCCCCAUUCACUCCGGUGGUCCGAUAAAAUUCGUCUGGGUUGGAGAUUUGAAUGGCGACGGAGAGUAUGAUUUCGUGGUGGACCGUCAGACCUCUCCGCAGACACUUGAAGGAUACAGCAGUAGUGGCAGACGGCUUUGGGUUGUCAACAUGGGCCCUAACAGCGAGAAUCAGGAUAAUAUUUCACCUGGCUCCUCGGCAAUCGACGUGGGCCAUUGGGAUGGCGUUACUGUCUAUGACUUUGACAGCGACGGAAAGGCCGAAGUAGCAGUACGAAUUUCAAAUGGCGUUGUAUUUGGCGAUGGCACAACCUUUGAGAAUUCCAACGACGAUUUUCAAUUCAUAGCCAUCCUCGACGGCAUGACUGGAGCGUUACGCGCAAGUGCUCAAAUCCCCACGGACUUUAUUGACGACGGUCCUAUGGGGGCGCGGUUUGGGGUUGGGUACCUGGACGGCGAAACGCCACACCUGGUUUCUUACAUGAAGAACCGACAAGAAGACAAGACUUUCAAUCUCAUGGAGACUGCUUGGACAUUUGAUGGAAGCUCGGUCAAACUGGUUUGGAAGUGGCUUCGUGACAGUGAGGCAGACACACCUGAUGGGCACAAUACCAGAAUCAUAGAUGUGGAUGGAGACGGUGUGGACGAGGUGCUGGAGCUUGGGUUUUGUCUCGAGGGAAACGGAAGCCUGCGGUAUGCCCUAGGCCCGAGUGGCAUCGUCCAUGGUGACCGCUGGCAUGUUGCGAAAAUGGAUCCCGAUCGAAAGGGGUUGCAAGGCUACGGUGUCCAACAGGACAAUCCAUCAUUCCUCCAAGAGUAUUACUACGAUGCCCGGCAAGGACGAAUGCUGUGGCAGCACUUUGGCACCGAGAUCUCUGACGUUGGUCGUGGCAUGGCCGGCGACAUUGAUCCCAACUAUCGCGGUAUGGAGGUCUGGUCCUUCUCCGGCGUUUACAAUGCCAAAUCAAAUCAGCUCACUGAAUCCAACACCGACUAUAGCCCUUGGCCGCAUCUUGGACUUUGGUGGGAUGGCGACGAACUCAUGGAACUUUACAACACGGGAGCCAUUGAAAAGUGGGAUUGGGAGAAUCCAGGCCCAUCUACAAGCCUACCACGAUUGGAGCGUAUAUGGGCCUAUGGGGCCAUCAACACGAAUGGUGCCAAUCCUGGAUUCAUUGGCGAUAUCCUUGGCGACUGGCGGGAGGAGGUCAUCGUGACGAAUGAAGAUUACGACGAGCUGAUCAUUUUUACCACGGAUAUUCCAAGCGACAUUCGUCUAUAUACCUUGGCACACAAUCCUGCCUAUCGUAAUGACAUGACUGUCAAAGGUUAUCCGCAGUCUCAUCAUGUUGAUUACUUUCUAGGCUACGGAAUGGACCCGCCUCCACGACCAGAUAUCCGCUACGUAUAA